CUGCGCGCGGCUUGACUUCCCGCGCUUUUUCGGAGGCGAGGAGGUUUCCGGUAGCUGACUGGCCUGUCUCCGCGGCGGUUGACGGAGGCGAGGAACCUGUGCGCGAAAGUUUAGUCGAAUAACUUCAUGUUGUAAAUUUGGAGUGUUAAAAGUUACAGACUUUGAUACUGAAGGAAAUGAAGAGAAGCCUCAAUGAAAAUUCAACUCGCAGUACAGCAGGCUGUUUGCCUGUACCAUUGUUCAAUCAGAAAAAGAGGAAUAGACAGCCAUUAACUUCCAAUCCACUUAAAAAUGAUCCAGGUAUCAGUACUGCUUCUGACAGUUAUGAUUUCCCUCCUUUACCAACAGAUUUGGCCUGGGAAUCAAUGAAUCCAGAGUUGCCUACUUUAACAAAAACAGUGAACACAGGGCAAAUACCACAUUCAGUUUCUCAUCCCCUGAGAAGUCAAGAUUCUGGGUCUAAGUGUAUUCAGUCAAAUACUGAAAGAAGCAAGAGUGGCUGGAGCUACGGAGAUGGAAACAAAAAUACCAGCUUGAAAACUUGGGAUAGAAAUGAUUUUAGAUCUCAGUGCAAAAGAACAAACAUAGUGGCAAAUGAUGGAAUGAAUUCUUGUCCAAUGAGUUUGAGAGCUCAACAACAGAAACAAUUAAGAAUAUCUGAACCUCCUAACUUAUCUCACCAAGGAGAAACUGAAGUACUCAGACGAACACAUUCAUCAAAAAUAUCUGGCUCUACAAUGAGAGGUCUAGACAAAAAUGGUGCAUUACAGGCAUUUAAGCCCAAUUUCCAACAAAAUCAAUUUAAGAAAAAAAUGGGUCAUAUUCCAGAAGAAAACACUCUCAAGGAUGCCUCAUUGUAUCAGUUAAAGUUGAAAGAAAAAGAUAACUCUUUAAGAAUUAUAUCUGCAGUUAUUGAAAGCAUGAAGUACUGGAGUGAACAUACACAAAAAACUGUACUUCUUUUUGAAAUAUUGGCUGUUCUCGAUUCUGCUGUUACACAUGGACCAUAUUAUUCAAAGACUUUUCUUAUGAGAGAUGGGAAAAAUACUCUGCCUUGUGUAUUUUAUGAAAUAGAUCGUGAACUUCCAAGACUAAUCAGAGGCCGAGUUCAUAGGUGUGUUGGAAACUACGACCAGAAAAAGAAUAUUUUCAAAUGUGUUUCUGUCAGACCAGCAUCUGUUUCUGAACAAAAAACUUUUCAAGCAUUUGUUAAAAUUGUAGAUGCUGAGAUGAAGUAUUAUACUAAUGUAAUAAAUGAGAUUUAAAUAGUGAUAAAGAAAAUUUAACUAGUAUAACUUAAAGCACUUCUCUGUUAUUGUUUAAAUUACCAUCUCCAUGGUUUUAUAGCUCCUGCUUUUCUCUAUUUCAUUUGUUCAAUUAAAAUAUUUAAAUCCUUUAAAAUGUG